GUCCUGGAUGUGGAGUCCCAGAUCGCCGGAGCUGUGAUGCGGGCCAGGGAGCAGUCCUCAGAUGCAAACGACAUUUGCGAGGAGCUGUGCCGAAAGGACCCUGGGCCCGCCUUUGUGCGGCAGAAGGUCGUGCAAGCCAGCCUUCACGCCUCAGUGGCAGAUCUCCGAGCAACCUCUGCAGAACGCUUUCAGCGGAGGAUGGAGUUGGAGAUGCAGCAAUCCGCCUUGCAG